UGCACCCAGGCACUGAGCACAGGUAUCUCUUCAGGAUGGAUGCUCCGCAGUCUAAUUGCUGAAUGAAAAGGUGUGCAAGUUUCACAUGUUGACAGGUGCUGCCAAAUUGCCUUCUGAAGGCCCUUCCAGUGUGAUGCGGCUCCCAAGGCAGCGUCCGUGAGCGGGGAAGGCUCUGAAGCCACAAAUGACGUGGAGCUGUGCUGAGAUAGGGGCUACCUCCCCUUCUGCUCCCUGAGACCUGGCCUGGGGACCGCCACUAGGAGCUCUGAGCAUGCAGGCCCAAAUUGGGAUAGAAGAUGGAUUUUGAUAAAAGAGGUUAAAUAACAGGUUUUUCCAUUUCACCUUAUAGGAGCGGGAUGGGAGGUGGGGGUGCCGGGCCUCCAGCCAAUAGAGGACCAAGAGUUGUCAGGAGGGCUUAUAAAGCUUGCUAUUUCUGGCAUUUUUUCUCUUUCUCUGCUGAUUAUGCAGCAGAAUCGUACAGAGGCUGUCGCGGGCGCGUUCUCUCGCUGCCUGGGCUUCUGUGGAAUGAGACUCGGGCUCCUUCUACUUGGAAGACGCUGGUGCAUUGCAGGUGUGUUUCUGCAGAAGUUUGAUGGUGACAGUGCUUACGUGGGGAUGAGUGACGGAAACCCAGAGCUCCUGUCAACCAGCCAGACCUAUAACGGCCAGAGCGAGAACAACGAAGACUAUGAGAUUCCCCCGAUAACACCUCCUAACCUUCCUGAGCCGUCCCUCCUGCACCUGGGGGACCACGAAGCCAGCUACCACUCGCUGUGCCACGGCCUCGCCCCCAACGGUCUGCUCCCUGCCUACUCCUACCAGGCCAUGGACCUUCCUGCCAUCAUGGUGUCCAAUAUGCUGGCACAGGACAGCCACCUGCUGUCGGGCCAGCUGCCCACGAUCCAGGAGAUGGUCCACUCGGAAGUGGCUGCCUAUGACUCAGGCCGGCCCGGGCCGCUGAUGGGCCGCCCUGCCAUGCUAGCCAGCCACAUGAGUGCCCUCAGCCAGUCCCAGCUCAUCUCACAGAUGGGCAUCAGGAGCAGCAUUGCCCACAGCUCCCCGUCACCUCCUGGGAGCAAGUCAGCGACCCCGUCUCCCUCCAGUUCAACGCAGGAGGAGGAGUCGGAAGCCCAUUUCAAGAUGUCAGGAGAAAAGAGACCCUCAGCUGACCCAGGAAAAAAGGCCAAGAACCCCAAAAAGAAGAAAAAGAAGGACCCCAAUGAGCCACAGAAGCCGGUGUCAGCCUACGCACUCUUCUUCAGAGACACUCAGGCUGCCAUCAAGGGACAGAACCCCAGCGCCACCUUCGGGGAUGUGUCCAAGAUUGUGGCCUCCAUGUGGGACAGCCUGGGAGAGGAACAGAAGCAGGCCUAUAAGAGGAAGACGGAAGCAGCAAAAAAGGAGUAUCUGAAGGCUCUGGCUGCCUACAGGGCUAGCCUCGUCUCUAAGAGCUCCCCGGACCAAGGCGAGACCAAGAGCACUCAGGUGAACCCACCAGCCAAAAUGCUGCCACCCAAGCAACCCAUGUACGCCAUGCCAGGCCUGGCCUCCUUCCUGACCCCGUCGGACCUGCAGGCCUUCCGCAGCGGGGCUUCUCCCGCCAGCCUCGCCCGGACACUGGGCUCCAAGUCACUGCUGCCAGGCCUCAGCACAUCCCCACCACCGCCACCCUCCUUCCCACUCAGCCCCCCACUGCACCAGCAGCUGCCCCUGACCCCCCACGCACAGGGCGCCCUUCUCAGCCCACCUGUCAGCAUGUCCCCAGCCCCCCAGGCUCCUGUCCUGCCCACCCCCAUGGCACUUCAGGUGCAGCUGGCGAUGAGCCCCUCACCUCCAGGGCCACAGCUCACCGUGUCCCCCCUCCUCUGCAGGACUUCCCUCACAUCUCUGAGUUCCCCAGCAGCUCAGGACCCCGCUCUCCUGGCCCAUCCAACCCCACGAGCAGCGGGGACUGGGACAGCAGUUACCCCAGCGGGGAGUGCGGCAUCAGCACUUGCAGGUCAGUCCUCUCCUGACAUGCUGGGGUCCUGCCUCUGUCCCACCAGCACAGGGAGAGUGGGAACAGGGGUGCCCAGGAGAACGCGGACCCAGGCACAGCCCUUCCUCACUACCAGCCCUGCAGGGGAGCGGAGGGAGCUGCCUAGAGUCUUCAGGAGAGGACGCACAGUGGGGCAGGCCCUAGACCAGUGGUUCUCAAUCUUCCUAAUGCCACGGCCCUUUAAUUCAGUUCCUGUGGUGAGAACUGCUGCCCUAGAUGCUGAGGCUGCUUGGGAAAUGAGGCUUGUCGUCAAUUUUGCUUGUUUUGCUCCUUCCAUCCUGGUUUUUUCCCAAAUGCUUCCUUGUGACAUUCACAGAUGGGUCCUGUGUCUUAGGCCAGGUCCCCUAGAGGCAGAGCCUGAGGCAGCUGGAUGAGGCGCCCUGGGUCAUGUGUUAAGGAAGAGUUUUCAGGAGAAAGGGGUGCAGGAGGCAGACAGGCCAGGGGCAGGAGCCCCAGCUGCCGCCUGGAUCCAUGGGACUCCUUCUCGGUGCCUGGCGGGCCCCCUGCUUCGGGCCCCCCUCCUGUCCUGCACUCUUAGCCUUUCAAACCAGUGCCAACUGCCCUUCCUGGAUCCGUGCCACAAAUGAAGAGAACCUUUCCAUUUCAGCAGGCGAGGGAAGUGCAGGAGGUCCGUUUGCUCCUUCACCUGCCACCCAGGUUCCCACUGCUCGUGGUCACACCUGGGGAAUGUGGUGCCCAGCAGCUGUCCCAGCGACAGCGCCACACCCUGGAAGGCACAGCACUUGUGUUUGGUGGCCAUAUCUGCUGCUCGUGCCAGCUGGCCCUGGUCUGAGUCCUGGGCUUUCUAGUGCAGGGCUCUGUGGUCUGUCAAGGCCACCAGUGCUCUUGAGCUCUGUGCAGGGUAACACGGCACAUGCCCCCUUUCCAGCAGGCCUGGGGAGAGGUUCUGUGUGGGGCAGCAAGGAUUCCCUCCCCACACCCUGAGUAGAUGCAGACCCUCCUACCUCAGCCCUUCCCCUCACCGCAGGAUGAGGGGGGAUGUCUUUAGUGGAUAAGUGUCGGCCCUUCAUACCCAGCAUGGAGGCCAGACCACAGCAGGGCCCUAUUUUAAAAACAUAAAAAUCACCUUAACUCAGUUUAAAAUUUACAAGUGAAAAUCCUGCAAUUAAAAAUCGACAUGGGAGCAAUGGUGACAUUGGAAGGACAGGCGCACUGCUUCCCUUCCUCCCAGAGCUGAGGACCAGGUGGUCCCCCACUGGGGUUCCAGGAGGGGGUUGGCUGUUCUUGGUGGGUGGUCCGGGAGGGCCUGGGACACAUGUGCCUCUGUCACCUGCUGAGGGGCUGCCAGAUCCAGGGUGGGGGUGAAGGGCCGGAGUGCAGAGGUCCUGGUGCUCCCCAGGCUGGGGUGGGCUCAGCGGCUCUGACAGCCCCUCCUCUCUCCCACAGCCUGCUCCCCAGAGAUAAAUCGCUCUACCUCACCUAAGCCCACCUCCCCCCGUCCCUGAGGCUCGCUGGAAGGGCACUGCUCCGGGCCUGAAGGGCUGACAGCAAAAAAAGAGGCCUUGGCAGGAGGCAGGGUGACCGAUCUGAGAGAGCAGUGACACCCCAAUGCCCCUGGGCUGAGUCUCUCCCUUGACCUCCCACCGGACUGUGCAGAGGCAACCCACUGCCCGCUGCCAGCCCAAAGAACCUGCAGGAACCUUCUACCUGCUGACCUGCUUGCUCCAGGGUAGCUGUGGACCCCGCUCCUCACCCUGCACAUGGUACCCUACAUCUGGACGCCUGGCCCCAGCCCCAGCCCACAUGGCUGCCCCUGGCGGGGUCUCUUACCAACAGGCACCCACCCCAGAUGUGUAGGCCAGGGGCCUGCCAAGAUGGACACGCACAUACAGUUUUCCAGUGUGAACAAAAGAUUAUGAAACCCUAUAAACCGUUGGCUCUGUGUAAGUAGUUGGCUAAGUGUUUUAGAACUGUGCUGAAGACAUCUGUAAGAUUAUUUUGUGGGGGGAAAAAACGUAGUUUCCUUUAAGGUAAAAAGCAUUUUAUAUGACCCUUAGCACAUUGUUUUAAGUUUUAUCUUAAGGGAGACCUGCACAAAAGCGGCCGCCAAACCGUUUCAUCGUCUGCACAGCCAGAACCGGACAAUUGUAGCCACCCUCAGAGGAUUGCUCUUUCCUUUUAACCAUCUGUCCAUCUAUUUAAAAUUGCCAAUGAUGACUUUUGUCUAUUUACGAAGAGACCUUGAGAACAAAGUUGCAGCCUAUCAUAACGUGUGUGUGGUUUUGGGGUUUGGUUUUGGUUUUGGUUCUUGAUGUUGUUUGCAGCUGUUUUCUGGCCCUGGCGAGUGUCUGCUGUGUUGACGCCCAGUGCUUCUCUCAAAUCUCUUUGUAAUAAAACUUCGGAAAAGUUGAAAA